AUCCAAGUCCAACGAUCAACUACUCCACCUCCCGCUACAAGCCUUCAGCGCCCAAAUCGAGUGCCUACCUUUAUCUCUCACCUUUCGCAAAUCGCAGCCGGCCGCCGCUGUAGUAGCAAACAUCUCCUUCGUCUUCCCUACGCGUCCACCCGAAAAAGAAAAAAAAAAGAACAGGAGAAUUAUCCCCACUUCCAGAGUCCAAACCUCCCCGUCCAUGGCGACGGCGAGCUCGAUCCGGCCGCCACGCGCGGCGCUAGUCCUCCUCCUGCUCGCGCUGUCCUUCUCCCUCACCCUCGCCGCCCACUUCGAGGGCUUUGGCUCCGACGACCUCCACUCCGCCCACGCCGACGCGGCCUCGGCAGACGACGAAGACGACGAGGGGCUCGACGUCGAGCUCCCGCCGCCGCCGCGCAUCUCCCUCUCCACUUCAACUCCUUCCCCUCCCGUCACCACCACCACCACCACCACCUCCGCUCCAAACCCUAACCCCGAUCCCAACCCGACGCUGACCCCGCCGAACCCCACCCCGACGCUCGAUCUCUGGGACGAGGACGAGUUCGAGGGCAUCCCUGUCCCGGAAGCGGCCUCCUCCGACGAAUCCUCCACGCCGGCGGAAGCCGCCCCGUCAGAUCCCGCGGCCGAUGCCGCGGCCGAGGCGGCGCCAGCCCCGCCCCGGCGGCCCGCGGAGCUGCUCCGCGCGUACACCGUCGAGAUCGCGUGCGUCAGCUUCCUGAUCUGCUUCCUGCUCAACUACUUCACCGGGAAGCGGCAGAACGAGGCGAUCGCGCUCGCCUGGGCCACCAGGUUCGCCACCAGGGACUCCAUCUUCGACAAGAACUUCAGCCUCCUCGGCACCGGCGACGGCAAGGACACGCCGCUCCUGAUGAAGGAAGGGCAGGACGUGUUCAAGUUCUACGCGAGCGGGAGGCGGUACUGCCAGGGGAUGCUCGCCACCAUGGAGAUGCGCGCGCGGCACGACCUGCUGUCCAAGCUGGUGGAGCUGGUGUUCCCCAGGAAGGACACCAUCACGUUCGAGGUGGUGAUGAACGAGGAAGCCAUGGACCACGUCAUGUUGGCCGUGGCGAGGAAGAAGGCGGCCAAGACGAUGCAGAAGGAGGAGAGGGAUCUGCAGAAAUUUGCCGGGGUUCUGACCUCGGCACCCGCCGGGAGGAGAUGGGUUGCGGAUGAGCUUGCGGUAGUGGCCGAGUCAAAGGAGGUUGCUGGGGAUAUGAUUACUGAAGCCGUGCUGGACCAGGUCCUUGGUGACAAAGCUUUUGAGAAAUUUGGGAAAUGGUUCAUCUCACUUCAUUUUUCAGAUCAACUGGCAGGCUCUUACAAGAAAGUCCUUUCUUUCAAGUUUGUACUGCCAGAUGCAAGCAACAUGGCUGAGAUGACAAGAUUAGUUGCUCUCGUGCCAUACUACAUUGAUUUGGUGGGGCGUUACAAGCUCAGCAACCAUGCUCGUUCCAAAACUGAAGCUGCAAGAACAAAAGCUUCCCAGGAGGCUUUCAGGGAGCAACAGGGUCUAAGGCAGGAAGCCCUUCAAAGGAAGAAGGCUGAGAAGAAAAAACUUAUGGAAGAGGCAGAGGCCAAAUUGAGCGCCGAGGCACUCCGCAAGAAAGAGGAAAAAGAAAGGGCUCGUCAGAUGAAGAAGUCCAUGCCCAAAGUUAAAAUGCUCCGUUCCUAGUAACAUCAAAGAUAUAUCACAGCACUGGCUUUAGCUAUUCAGUUGCUGAUUAGCUUAUUGUUGCCUGCCAGACUCUUUUAUGUUCUUCUGGGCCAUCAACUUUUCUUUGCCAUGGGGGGAUACAAGCGAAAGGAAAUAGGUGAAGAUAAUCUUUUGCUGUUGUUUCAGCUUGUCGCUUGUUGGGGGAUUAAUUUGAAACGCUGUUUUCCUUGUAUUAAUAUACGCAGGCUGGAAUGGCGUCAAGUUUGAUUUGCCCCCACGAUCGUUCAUUUUAGUUCAUCUGAAUGUUGUUAUGCAGCAGCUCGUUUGUAAGAGAACUCCAUGACUUGCUGUGUAAUGCGUUUAUAGAUACGCUGCCAGAAACUCAAGACUAGAUCACAUAAUUUGAGUUGAUUUAUGAGUAAAUCUCAUCUAUGCAUGUCUUCUACUGGUUGAAGCAGUAAUAACUGUUGGGAUUGUCGUA